AUGGAUUCGAAAAAAUAAGCAAAGGGAUCAGAAUAAGUUUAAAAGAGUCGAGGCAAUAUUGACAUGUUGAUUCGUACAAAAAAAGAGGAACUAUAUACAAUCAAAUAGAAAAAUGAUUAAAAAUAAAAGGAAACAAGAGCACAAGAAGAAUUCAAAAGGGCUGAAAGGGCAAAUAAAAUAGAAGACGAAAGCAAAAAGGCCAAUUCAAAAAAUGCUGAAUUGGAACAGGAAUGGUGUAAUCUAUAAGAAAAAGAUGAAUGUGAAGAACUUAAUAAAUUGAUAAACUAAUAGAAAGAUAAAUUUGCAUAAAUAAUGCAUGCCAAAGAUGAAUUGAUUAAAUAAUUUCUUGAUGAAUUGAAUAAGAAAGAUGAUGAUUUUGGUAAAAUGAUUAAAGAGCAAGCCAUUGAUAUUCAAACAUUAAUUUAGAAAAUGAGAUCUCAAUUUUUUUAAUUAAGAGAAUGCAUACAUGAAGAUCUUGAAUCCAUUGAAAAUGAAUACAUUGAAGAAAGAGCCAAUUUAUUGAAUAAUUAUUAAACUGAAAUAAGAAAUUUAUUUGACAAAAGAACAGAGAAGGAAAAAUCAUUUGUAGAUGAGAGAGAAAGAAAAGAGGAAGAAUAUACUAAAGACAUUGAAAAGUUAAGAAUCUAAGGAUUGAAAUCAUAUGCUGAACUCAAAAUCUCAAUGGAAACAGAAAUCUAAAAUUUGGAAAAGUGUUAUGAAGAUAUGAAAGCACUCUACCAAUUGAAUACUGAAAAAUUAGAUUACAAUCUAAAAGUGCUAAAAGAAAAACAAAUCUCACAUACACACACUCAUGAUGAUCUAAAAAGAAAAGACUAAAAUUUAAAUAAUAGAUUAAGAAGUCUAAUCAAAGAUUAUAAUGAAUUUGAUACCAAAUUUAAAUAAACAAACAAAGAAUUAACUUAAGAAUACAAACGUAUUACCAGGCAAUUUAAAGAAUUACAGAGAAAAUUUAAGCAUUUCGAUAAGGCCGAUUAAAAAGCUUAUGCUGAUAUACAUUCUAUGAAUGAAUUAGAAGUCAGAAAACUCAAGGCGAAAAUUCUAAAAUGUGACAAAACCAUUCACAUUUAAUAAUUAGGUGUAGAUUGGGAAGAACCAUAAGACUAAAAAGAAACAUAAGAAAAAUCACAAAUCAUGGCUGAAGAGGAAGUUCAACUACCUUUAAGCGAAGACAAAUUAGAAGAAAUAGUCGAAAUCUUAAUUGAAGAAGUUGAUUUCUUGAUUGAUGAUAAAAUGAGAGAAACCUUAGAGAAGGCUGAAUAAUAAGAGAUUACUAGUGUUAAAUUAGGAGUCAUAAAGAAAUGUCUCAAUAUUGAUUCAAUAGAUGAAAUGCUUAUUUUCAUUGACGAAUUAAUAAAAAAUUGUGAAUUAAAAGUCCAAGAAGAACAACCUCAAUAAGAAGCUGUCACUGAAGCUAUUAAAAAGGUUUAAAUUGAAUAACCUUAAACUGUACCAGACGAAGCUCCUAAAAUUAAUUAUGAAACAUUUAUCAUAAACUAAAAUAGCAUUAUCAACUUUUUAAUGCAUUGGAUGAAAACUAACGAAUAAAGGAAGAAACAAAUUGAAAAAAUGUCGUCAAGAAGAGCGGCUAAAUAAGAAACUGAAAGAUAAAAAAAAGAGCGAAUAGCAAAGGAAGGCAAAAAAUAUUGGGAAAAACUUACUUAAGUUCUCCCAGAGAAAACCUUUAGAGUUUGGAGGAUCCUAGACAAAUAGUUGAGCAAAUAUUACGAAUUACUUCUUAAAAGAUCUAAAUUAGUAGAAGAAACAGGAUAAAUUCAUAAUCAUAAUGAAGAAUUAAAAAAUCUACUCAAUCAAUAUUUAUAAAUUAAUCAUGAAUUAAAAAUACCUCCUACAAGAUUUUUAAAGCUAGAAUAGUAAUAAGAUAAUGUAAAAUUGCAAAACAGCAAAUGA